AAAUAAGCCUGCCAUUCUUUUUUUCCAUUGACAAUUUGGCAGAGACAUUAUUAUAAAGCAAACCUCUGAAAGAAAAGAAAGGGACUUUAACCUUUUUUCUCUCUUGAAGCAGCAGCAUGGUCAAUUUACCUGAUACAAUAGACCGCACACCCGAAUAUGUCAAGUUUAUCAAAGACCUUAAACAAUUUCACGACUCCAAAGGAACACGAUUGGUAGCUGAGCCAGUGUUAGGUGGCUGUAGAUUAGAUCUAUACAAGAUAUUUCGAGUCGUUGUGGCUGCAGGUGGAUUUGACGAAGUGACAAAGAACAGAGGAUGGAAACAAGUAGGCAACAUGUUUGAUCUUCGUUCAACGUGUACCAACAGUGCCUAUAUAUUAAAAGGCGUUUAUAUUCGUAAUUUGCUUGGUUACGAAGAAGAAAAAGUUUGGAACAAGACAUGGAAUCCACCUGCAGAGUUACUUGGACCACACGCACAUAGAGCUUCGACAUUGGCAGGCAAAGCAUAUCGACAAACGGAAAGAAAAACGCGUCCAAAGAUAAAGAAGCCCACGACGAACACGGAUACUUCAGCAAUCAUCAAUACCAUUGUGAAUAACCAUGUCACUGAAAAAGACAGAAUAUUGUUUGCUUUACAAUUUGGAAGAGAAUCAGAUGUCGAGUGGGCUCUAAACAUGAUUGUCCAAAGGUCGUUUGAAUGUCCUGAAAAGAUCGAAUUGAACCAGACACCCUUAUUGUUGGACAUACUCAUAUCAAUGGCCGAGACAGGAUUAAUGCAGCUUGCGACAGCAUACCACGCUGAAAGGCUAAAUAGCAAUAUCCUUGAUAUUAUGAGUAACGACCACAGCCACCACAGUAACAAUGGGGAAUUAGGAACCGUUCUUAAGGUUUUACACAUUUUACGUAACUUAUCAUCUGUGAAAGAAUACACCCAGAUACUCGCUCAUAACCGAUCUGUCAACAAUGUUAUCUUGCAGAGCUUGGAGAUUGCUAUCAUGAUGGGCCACGUAGAAAUCGGAAGACAUUCCAUUGAUAUCCUAGAAAACAUUGCCCCCAACAUUCAUCUCGCGUCAAAAGAAGACCCCUUUUUAGUGUCACUAUACAAACUUGUAUCAUCACAUGAUCGGUAUUUGGUUAUAGGAUCUAUCCGUACGCUUAGCUGGCUCUCUGUACAGCCUACAAAUCAUACUUGUUUGGUCAAUAGUCCUGUCCUAGAGCCAAUCGUACAGCUACUGUUGGCAGACGACGAGGAAUUGGUGGGUACUGUGGUAGAGUACACGCUUCAGUACGCGAAAAUGUCCUCAGAAUCCCGGUCGGAAGUGUUAAAGAUAUGUAACCACGGUGUAUAUGCAAUGUUGAUAGCCUUACUCCUUACCAAGUCAAAGUACUUUUCUGCGCGAUUUGUUCAGCAAGAAAGUAAUACACUGUUACCCAACGCGACAAAAUCUGCCAGCAACCAAGGACAGUCUAAAGUGAUACCACGGGUACCAGAUCUAACAAUAUACCACAAUUUGGAUGAACCCUAUCGAUGUUUAGGAUGGCUAAAAGACAAAUUUGAAGUAGCUGAAAGAACAAGCGUCGUUUCGCUUGAUGAUAUUUAUUUGCUUUACGAAGCACGGUUCGGAUUAGAAAAAGCAUUAAAGAUGAAGGAUUUCUAUACAGUGAUCAAGAUUGCAUUUACACCUGCCCUGUCACCACAGUCUGUGCAGCAAACACCCUAUCCGAGUCCUACGAUCGAAGGAUUGGACGUUUGUGGUAUACAAAUGAAGACUAGCAUUCUGCAGGAUCGUCCUCAAGUUGCAUGUCAAUGGAAUGGCUGCUUACGAUUAUUUACGGAUACAUUCACACUCCAGACCCAUGUGUUGUGUCACCAUAUGGUUUCCACGGAAGAAGAAAAGGAGUAUUACUGUCAGUGGGCAUCAUGUCAAGGAUAUGCAUUGACUAGAGAGGCAUUUAUAUCUCAUCUGCAAUCCCAUUUCUUUACCAAUGACUAUAGUCAAUGCACUAGCCCUGAACUCAGUUCGUCGCCGUCUACACCAUCGUCGUCAUCAUCUGUUGAGACAAUGGAUCAUGUUGAUUCAAAUGAGGCUCAAGGUGUUGCUUUGGUUGUAUGUCAUUUAUUAGACUUGUUAUCAAAUGAUCCUGAUGGAGCACAGCACUUGAAAUCAUUUGAUAAAGAAUUAAACUCUGUUGCGGAAUCAAGGCCUAAGCUGGCAUCAAGAGUUUGGGCUAUUCGUUCUAGAUAUUAAACAAUAUGCAUUUCUCUCCCCACUUCACUUGUAGAUAUUUCAAUACGCACAUAAAUUAUUAUUUAAAUAAAGAUCAACGUCAUGGUAAUUGUUACCAAGGAAACCCAGAAAAUAUAAAGUUGAAAGCGUACGAGUACUACCGUCUCUUUGUUUAAAUAAGUUUCCUAUUACGUGUAGCUAUUAACCAAUAGAAGUCAGCCGUGUUUUUGCCAUUUAUCCUUUUUUUUUUU